UUUUAUUUCUCAGCUACACAAAACAGCUUUAAGCAAAUAGUGUUAAAUCAAAAUGAAAUUGUAUUAUAUUAUUAUUACUAUUAUUAUUAUUAUUAUUAUUAUUAUUAUUUUGUAUAGCACAUUUUAAAACCCGGAUUUUUAAGAUGCUUAACAAAAUAACAGAAGGAAUUGGCAAAAUAAAAAUAAAAAAUACACCAGACAAUCAGACAAACAAGUGUUGACAAAGAACUACAGAUAAUUAACAACAAGAGGUCAUGCAAUCAUAAGAUGAACAUCAAUUAUGUCAAGAAGGUGCUCACACAGACAGAAACUGGGAUAUUGAGAAGCAAACAGGUAAAUGAGUUAUUUAGAGAACAAAGUGAAUGGAGAGAGGAGGCUGCAGCUUUUUUUUUGCAGUUUUCUAAUUUCUUCACUUCAGAAGAUUCACAACUUCAAGGAGACUUUGUUAAACGUGCUGUGUAACAGGAAAAAUGCAUUUGUUCUCUGGUUUAUAAAUGUCCUAAAGAUAUUUCAUUUAUUAUAUUUCGUUUAUUAUCAUAAACCUAAGUUGUUUUCUCGUGAUCUAGACAUAACAAUAUAGCUGGUAACUUUAGAAAUUAAAAAGAGAAUAAUAACGCUUGUCUUCUUGGGGGUUUGUCCUGAUUGGACAGUUUAAAUGUGUAUCCCGGUGUGAAAACGCCCAAUGAUUGGGAAACUCCUCUUUUACCCAACACAGUAGGUGGCGAUAAUGCUCCUUUGGAGUUAAUCGCGAUUAAACAAGAAGAAGAAGAGAAGAACUCUUUUUUUUUUUUUUUUUUGUUCUGCUUGAGCUCAACGGCUGCAGUCCUGGAUUCAGUCAGAGCUGAGGAAAAAUAACUUUCAGCAGAAACCGUGAACUAAGAGUCCUCAAAGCUUUCGGACGCAGCUGCAGCGAUCUUCUGAGGAGAGGGGAGCAGUUCAGGGUAUUUAUCAUCUUUAAACAACGCCGUGACUACGUUUUGAUGAAAAGCAAGAAUCUCUGGAUGAGUAUCAUCUGAACUGAGCUCUGCUGCUGUGAAGAUGAUGUUUGUUAAAGAGGAGAGUGAAGAGUACACGGGUGAACCAGAAAUCCGGGGAAUAAAACCAGAGGAGCCAGAAAUCCGGGGAAUAAAACCCCAGGAGCCAAAAAUCCGGGGAAUAAAACAUGAGGUGCAAGGAGAGCCGAUGGAAGAGAACGAGGAGAGUGAAGAACUGAGUGAAGUGGAGGAGAAACAACAUAACAAACCUGGAGAAAAGCCUUUAAGCCACUUGAACACUAAAAAUACAUUUUUAAAGAAAAGAAGAGCCAAUAAAUCUUUCACCUGCACUCAAUGUUGGAAGAGUUUCUCAGACAAAAAAAGUCUUGAGCUUCACUUGAGAGUUCAUACUGGAGAGAAACCAUUCACCUGUGAUCAGUGUGGGCAGAGCUUCACACAAUCAUCAAAUCUUAAGAGUCACAUGAGCAUCCACACUGGAGAGAAACCAUUCACAUGUGUCCAAUGUGGUAAGAGCUUCAGAGAUAAAGGACUACUUAAAGUACACAUGAAGAUCCACACCGGAGAGAAGCCGUUCAUGUGUGAACAGUGUGAAAAGACAUUCUCAAAAAGCUCAAAUCUUCGGCUUCACAUGAGAGUUCAUACUGGAGAGAAACCAUUCACCUGUGACCAGUGUGGGAAGAGCUUCACACAAUCAUCAAAUCUUAAGAUACACAUGAGGGUCCACACCGGAGAGAAGCCGUUCAUGUGUGAACAGUGUGAAAAGACAUUCUCAAACAGAUUAAAUCUUCGGCUUCACAUGAGAGUUCAUACUGGAGAGAAACCAUUCACCUGUGAUCAGUGUGGGCAGAGCUUCACACAAUCAUCAAGCCUUAAGAGUCACAUGAGGACCCACACUGGAGAGAAGCCGUUCACAUGUGUCCAAUGUGGUAAGAGCUUCAGAUAUAAAGGAAUACUUAAAGAACACAUGAAGAUCCACACCGGAGAGAAGCCAUUCAUGUGUGAACAGUGUGAAAAGACCUUCUCAAACAGAACAAAUCUUCAGCUUCACAUGAGAGUUCAUACUGGAGAGAAACCAUUCACCUGUGAUCAGUGUGGGAAGAACUUCACACAAUCAUCAAAUCUUAAGAGUCACAUGAGCAUCCACACUGGAGAGAAACCACACACAUGUGUCCAAUGUGGUAAGAGCUUCAGAGAUAAAGGACUACUUAAAGAACACAUGAAGAUCCACACCGGAGAGAAGCCGUUCAUGUGUGAACAGUGUGAAAAGACAUUCUCAAACAGAACAAAUCUUCAGUUUCACAUGAGAGUUCAUACUGGAGAGAAACCAUUCACCUGUGAUCAGUGUGGGAAGAGCUUCAGAGAUAAAGGAAUACUUAAAGUACACAUGAGAAUCCACACCGGAGAGAAGCCGUUCACAUGUGAUCAGUACGAAAAAAUGUUUUUGUGUGCUUCAUACCUGAAGAAACCCUUGACAGUUCAUACAAAGGAGAAGCCGCAUUCAUGUUCUGAAUGUGGAAAGAGUUUUUCACUCCCGCAAAGUUUAAAAGAACAUCAGAAAAUACAUACUGGUGGGAGAGAGUACAUGUGCUUUGAGUGUGACAAGACUUUUAUGACAGCACAGUGUUUAAAACGGCACCAGAGGAUUCACACUGGAGAAAAACCUUACAAGUGUUCACACUGUGACAAGAGAUUCAGUGUGUUAGGAAACAUGAAAGCACAUGAGAGGAUCCACAGCAAAGAGAAACCACACACAUGUGAUCAGUGCGGGAAGAGUUUCGCUUCUAAAAUUCACCUGAAGAAACACAUGAAGAUCCAUGCAGUGGAAAAAGCACUUAGUGGAGAAACCAGUUAUACCUCGUUUCCACCCCAGGAACUUUACCCAGGGACUAGGGACUUUGGCCUGGUACUCAGUGUAUUUCCACCGCAGGAACCAGGAACUAAAUAAAGUUCCGGGUAAAAAAAUGGUCCUCAGAAAGUCCCUGCUGGCG